CGUUUUCACGGGCAGUUAUGCGUGUCGCUGUUCGUCCAUGCAUGAUGGAGGUGUGAGCAAAAUUCUGUCAAAUUGAGAUCUUGUUUUCUGCCUUCCAGUCAGGCUACCUCAUGGCGAUCACCCUGUACAACUUGUUUGAAGCAGCGCUGUUAUGUAUCAAUGCCAUUGCCGUGCUGCACGAGAAGCGAUUUCUGGAAAAGAUAAACUGGGGCCGAGAGCAAGCCGCACAUGGGUUCGAGCCUGGUGCUAAGUCGCAGAUAAUUAAUUUGAUUCAUUCUGUGCGGACGGUUAUGAGGAUACCCCUGGUCUUCAUCAACAGCUUGAUCAUAAUUUUCAAGCUAAUCUUUGGGUGACUAAUGGCUUUGAUUGGUGUUACACCUUCCUUUCGUGCAAAUAUAAUUUGUUGUACUUGUGUGCUUGUCAGGUAAAUAAAAUUUCUGGCUAUUUUCCUAUACCUUA